AUGGGACGUGGAAGUAAAGGGGCAGUUCGACUCUGGCUGUCACUGCAUAUAAUCUGGUUAGUGUUCAGUAUCCUAAACGUGACCCACGGAAGAAGACCCUGUGGCUUCUACGCAGUGCUGGUGCCAUUCACGUUGGCGGGUCUUGCUAUGCUGGUCGUGGAUAUCGUGUUUAUGGCUAUGUUUAUAGAGGACAUUGCUGAGUGCAAUACAGAAAUUGCAAUCCUCGAUUAUAUGAACCGUGGUGGCAAAUCGCUUCGCUGGAUCAUCAAGGUCUACCCCUGGCACACGGUCCAGGAACUGCAGCAUGCAACACUCGAAGAUACCUCGUGGAUUCCACUCCUAUUCGCGUAUGCCAGCUGCAGAGGUGUGGUCCAGUGGAUUGUCAACUUUUGGCUGGUUAAGGACAACUAUUUUGCUGGUCUUGCGUUUUACAGACAAUUACAGAAAGAAGCUUACAAAAGCCGUGUUCGUCUCAAAGAAUAAACAUUUGUUAAUAAUGUGGUUUAUUAAAAGCUCCUUAAUUGUACUUAUGAUUAAUAGUUACCUUUAUCUUUGAAUAUACUAAACCAUGCGCAUUCAUUCAGAUAUAAUUGAAAACACACUAAAACAUCAAAAUACAAGUAUGUUUAUAACGAUUUGUAAAUAACAAAUGUGUAUUUAUUGUGUUACUAAAU